AUGCGGGCGCAUUACCAGGCCCCACCAGCGGAAGCCCUCAGGACAGCUCUCUGUGACAGUGGUGUUCGCCCAUCGGAUUCUCAAAAUGCUGUUGUCCAGACUUUGGAGUUCAGUGGCGAAUCCACAACACAUCGCGACUUUCAGCCACAUCUGCUGCCAAUGCUGCUUGGUGCUCAGAGCGCACACAGGGCUGACAAAGAUGUUAAGGAUCUAGACAAGUCUGCUGUUCCGUUUAAGGGUGAGUCGUCAAUGCGUGCUCAUUACCAAGCUCCUCCAGCGGAGGCAUUCCUGCGACAAACUGCUCACCUACCUGCGCAGAUGCAUUCUGACACCUUGUCCCAAGCAAGGUUCGAGGGCCAGUCUACAGCACAUUCCGAUUACCAAGCGCAUGCACUGCGUUCAUGCCAGCCGAUGCGACCAGCACAUGUGAGCUUUGACCCCAAAGUUCGCGUGCCGUUCGAAGGCGAGUCAUCCAUGAGGGCACACUACCGUGCACCAUCAUUGGAGGCACUCAGGAGUGCUGCAUAUCAGCAACCAGGCGCAUCCAUGCGCGGCACCUUGCAGUGUCCAAAGUUUGAGGGUGAGUCCACUUCGCAUCGAGAUUUUCAGCCGCCACCCCUGCAAGCAUUGCUGCAGCAUGUUGCAAAGGAGGAGGGCGCGCUGACGUCCGCUCCCAUCCCCUUCGAAGGCGAGUCCUCCAUGCGGGCCCACUAUCACGCUCCGCCAGUAAGUCAGCCCACUUCCUCCCAGGAUAGGCCGCCAGUGGAAACAUUGCUGCAGCUGCUCUCAAGCUCUGAAAGGCAGCAUGGUGAUGUGACCAGUGAUGCCGCAGGCCAGGCUGAGCCCACAACGGGCAUCAAGGUUCCAUCCUUGGACAAGCUGCGCGCAAUUCUUCAUGAGGCGGAAGCUUGCUGCACGCCAGACCAGGACGUGUCCCAGACCUGGGGGGGAGAGAUUCCAGCAGGCCAGCAGGACGUCCGAGUGGCCUUCAUGGCGUCCGUUCCCUUUCUCAG